GCGUCACUUCCUUCUCCCCGGACCUACACACGUGUUGAAGCAGUGACUGUUUACAGUGUUUGGUGAGGUCUGUCCCGUAGCUCGCACAUGUCCACGGGAACAUCCACACUGUGGUCACAGCUGAAGUAAAACCGCAGCGAUGCCAAAAGUCAAACGAUCCAAAGGUGGAGGAGAGAAGAGCGGAGCCGCGCCAGUGGCGCUGGCCGACCAGAUCCUGCAGGCGGACAUUGUCCGAGCCAAAGGCCGGGUCAAGAUCAGAGACACCCGGGAAGAAAGCGACGACAAGUACGUGGACGAGCGGUUGUCACGGAAAAUCUUACAACAAGCCCGCAUUCAACAAGAGGAACUUCAGACCGAAUAUGGGCUGGCACCAGAAAAGAAGAAAGCACCAGUCACUGUUCUCGGGCCUGAGUCUCAGGAUGCAGACUCUGAUGAAGAAUGGCCGGCGCUAGGAGCAGCAGGUCCUGCAGAUGUUGAGUACGAUGAAGAAAUCGUCGUUGACGCUGAAGAUGAGAAGGCCAUCGAGAUGUUCAUGAACAAAAACCCUCCAGUGAGACGGACGUUAGCCGACAUCAUUAUGGAGAAGAUCACAGAGAAGCAGACAGAGGUGGGCACGGUGAUGUCAGAGGUUUCCGGGUGUCCGAUGCCACAGCUGGACCCAAGAGUAACAGAAGUGUACAGAGGUGUCGGUAAGGUUCUGUCGAAAUACCGCAGCGGCAAACUGCCAAAGGCCUUUAAAAUAAUACCCGCGCUUUCAAACUGGGAGCAGGUUUUGUAUUUGACUGACCCCGACUCCUGGUCGGCAGCUGCUAUGUACCAGGCGACGAGGAUAUUCUCGUCCAAUCUGAAAGAGCGAAUGGCCCAGAGGUUUUACAACUUAGUGCUGCUGCCUCGAGUACGGGAUGAUAUCGCAGAAUACAAGCGACUGAACUUUCACCUUUACAGCGCCCUGAAGAAGGCCCUGUUCAAACCGGGAGCAUGGUUUAAAGGUAUCCUGAUUCCUCUCUGUGAAUCUGGGACAUGCACUCUCAGGGAAGCCAUCAUCAUCGGGAGUAUCCUCACGAAGUGCUCAAUUCCCGUGCUGCACUCCAGCGCUGCAAUGCUUAAGUUGGCAGAGAUGGAGUAUAAUGGUGCCAACAGCAUUUUCCUGCGCCUCCUGCUCGACAAGAAGUACGCCCUGCCUUUCCGUGUUCUGGAUGCCUUGGUGGCCCACUUCCUGUCCUUCCGCAGUGAAAAACGCGAGCUUCCUGUGCUGUGGCAUCAGAGUUUACUCACCUUGGCUCAGCGCUACAAGGCUGACCUGGGGUCUGAACAGAAGGAAGCACUGCUGGAGCUGCUCAAGAUACAAACACACCCACAGAUCUCUGCAGAGAUCCGCAGGGAGCUGCAGAACUCGGAGUCGAGGGACAUUGAAAUCGGGCUCCCUGUUACAGUGGAAAUGGACUGAUUUGGUUCGGUUUUCUUCCUUAGUAAUGUUUCCUCAGCGUGAAAAAAAAAAUCUUGGAUUUUCAAUAUUCUUCUUGUCAUGGGAUAAAAGAGUUUGGAAAGAUCAGUGUCUUGGAGUUCGCACAUUUGGAAAUGCACAUCACUAGUGAUACUGCUAAUGUAAUUUCGUAUCGUCACGCUCAAGCUUUUUCUCUACAGAUGCAGAGGAGUGGUCACGUGGCUUUUCUGUUCAUCUAAAUAAGAACAGCUCUGUUGUUAUGAAGCAGAACAUUGAUUAAAAACGAACUGAAUCUUUAAA